AUGGAACUGCUGUACCGCUCUCAAGAAACACGGAAAUUCUACAAGAAGUUCAACAAAUCCCGCAACGGCCCUGUGCCGCGAGCCGAAAUGUACAGGGAUAAGGACGGGAGCCUCUUAACGGAUGGACGUGAGGUGAUUAAAAGGUGGAAGCAACACUUCGAUGAGCACCUGAACGGCGCGGAGAACGUAGGCAUGGGGGUUCAAGAUGACGGAGGAAACGACUACGUCAGUGCAGCAGGAGACGGAAAUGAUCCAGCUCCCACACUGAGGGAAGUUAAGGAUACCAUGCACCAGCUCAAAACCAACAAAGCAUCUUGUAAGGAUGGCAUCGCAGCUGAACUCAUCAAGAUGGGCCCAGAAAAGUUGGCUACGUCUACCGGAGGAGUGGAAGGAAGGGGUAAUUUGUCCCAUUCACAAAAAGGCGACCAUUUGGAAUGCGAGAACUUCCGAGCGAUCACAAUUCUGAAUGCCGCCUACAAAUCUUCCGUCGUCUAUCACCUAAAACGAAUGAGUUAUCAAGCUGGCUUCAUCGAUGGCCGAUCGAUAACGGACCAGAUCUUCACCGCAGCAUACGAUAGUAUCGACCGCACAGAGCUAUGGAAAAUUAUGGACGAGAACAGCUUUCCUGGGAAGCUGACUAGAAUGGUCAAAACGACGAUGGACGGUGUGCAAAACUGCGUAAGGGUCUUGGGUGAACUAUCCAGUUCAUUCGGAUCUCGCCGGGGACUGCGACAAGGUGACGGACUCUCAUGCCUACUGUUCAACAUCGCCUUGGAAGGAGUAAUGCGACGAGCCGGGAUUAACAGUCGGGCAAAGGUUGGACUGGUGGUGAAAGCGUCGAAAACAAACUACAUGCUAGUAGGCGGAACCAAGCACGGCAGGAUUCGUCUAGGAAGUAAUGUCACGAUAGACGGGGAUACUUUCGAAGUAGUGGAAGAAUUUGUUUACCUCGGAUUCUUACUAACAGCUGACAACAAUGUGAGUCGUGAAAUACGAAGACGCAUCAUCAGUGGAAGUCGUGCCUACUACGGGCUCCAAAAGAAUCUGCGGUCAAAAAAGAUUCAUCCCCGCACGAAAUGUACCAUGUACAAAACGCUUAUAAGACCGGUGAUCCGCUACGGACACGAACCAUGGAUCAUGCUCGAGGAGGACCUGCAAGCACUUGGUGUUUUUGAGCUACGCGUGCUAAGGACGAUCUUCGACGGUGCGCAGGAGAACGGCGUGUGGCGGCGAAGAAUGAACCACGAGCUCGCUGCACCCUACGGCGAACCCAGCAUCCAGAAGGUGGCCAAAGCUGGAAGAAUACGGUGGGCAGGGUAUGUUGCAAGAAUGCCGGACAACAACCCUUCUAAACUAGUGUUUGCCACCAAUCCGUUUGGAACAAGAAAGCGGGGAGCGCAGCGGGCAAGAUGGGUGGAACAGGUAGAACGUGAUCUGGCGAGUAUUGGGCGUGAUCGAGGAUGGCGAGAGGCAGCCACAAACCGAGUAUUGUGGCGUACUUUUGUUGACUAUGUGUUAUCUUAA